AUGACUUGGACGACUGUGACUGACCUGAAGCUCAUGGGAAACCAUAGCCUGGUCGCUAAAUGUCCGAAAAUCGAUGGCCCUGGUACUGUUACACUGACCCCAGCGGACACUACCUACACCAGGACUGAGAGGGACACGUUACCGGACAUCACAUGUACAGCUGACUGUAUACCUGGCUGUACCUUUGUCUGGACAAAACCUGACAACACCAACUUUACUGCCUCAGCUGUGUUGUCACUGGGACAACUGGAUAGAUCAGAACACGGGACGUACAGAUACGGUCCAUCAGCUGUACAGCUGACACCACCAACUACAUCCUACACUUUAACAGAAGGACACACUCUAUCUACCGUCACGUGUUCUUCUGACUGUAACCCAGCCUGUACCUACAUCUGGACAAAGGACGGACAGUCCCAAUCAACAGGGUCAGAGCUCCAGCUCAACAAAAUACAACGUGGUCAGAGGGGAGUGUACAGGUGUACGGCCAGUAACGGAUACGGGAAUCGAACAUCUAGUGACGUCACUGUCAUCGUCAACUACGGUCCUGAUACUGUUACCCUGUCCCCACCUGGCACUACCUACACCAGGAAUGAGGGGGACACGUUACCGGACAUCACAUGUACAGCUGACUGUAGACCUGACUGUAUCUUUGUCUGGACAAAACCUGACAACACCAACUUUACUGCCUCAGCUGUGUUGUCACUGGGACAACUGGACAGAUCAGAACGCGGGACGUACAGAUGUACGGCUAGGAAUGGUGUCAGAGAGAUGACCACAGCUACAAGUGUAACUAUAUCAUAUACAAACUUCAACAUGAUGUCCGAAACCGGCACCAUGCUCCUAAAACGUGAUUCAAGAAUAUAG